AUUAACCAGACCAGACAUAUUUCAUUGUCUAAUGUAAUCGUAAACGGUAAACACGCUGUAAAACUAAAAUUACAUCCAGAGGUCCCACCCCGGCACUCCCGUCAAUCCGCUGCUUAAACAGUUAAACUGGUCUAGCUUGAGGUAAAGUAACCGACGAUCGGGAUCAGAUCCGUCAUUUACGAAACGACAAUGGCCACACCUCAUCACUCCACUGAUCUUGCUUUCCACUUUCCAGUUUCCACUGUCAUAUUGUAAAUUACGCAAUUUGUCUCCAAAUUUGCGUUCCUCCCAUCUGGGGUCGUCUGCAAUAGGCACAGCUCAAACAUUGGAUAUGAAGUUAGGGUUUUUGUAGGAGUAGGUGCUUGACGAAGGCGAAUCACUGAAGCUAUGGAGGCUUACAAAAGAUGGGUCAGGCAAAACAAAGAGUUUGUGCACUCUUUGGAGUCUUUGGCCAAUGGGAUGACGUGGCUUCUUCCGGAACGGUUCUCGGAUUCAGAGAUUGGACCAGAAGCAGUAACAACCAUUUUGGGAAUCAUCACAGCUAUAAACGAACACAUAAUUGAUACAGAACGUACCCAAACUAUUACAGGCUCAGUUGAGCCUAAUUCAUUUCCUUAUCCUUUAUGCUUAUCUGCAAUAAAGGAUUUGGAAACACUAGUUGAAGUUGUGGCACAACAAUACUAUGGUGACGAUAAGAAAUGGAAUUUCCUUGCUUUUACAGAAGCAACCAAAGUGCUGGUCCGGUUAACUUUGUUUCGGAAGAGUGGAUAUAAGAUGCUGCUACAGGGAGGGGAGACGCCUAAUGAUGAGAAGAAUUCAGAUUAUUUGACUUCUCAACAUCAAGUAGGCCGUUUGCCGCAACCUAGAGGGCAUGUAGGGUCUGGUUACAUGAAUAACAAUCUUAUUCAAAGCCCAUGGAAUAUUGAAGGAAAAGCACUCUCUGCUUUAAGUAGAUUUGGAGAAAAUGCUAGGGUGUUGUCAGAUCCAGCAUCGCUGCAUCAUGUUAAACACCAGCAUGAAAUUAUGAAGCCUCCAGUUGUAGAGAGACCUACCCUUCUAACUGUAAUGUCCAAGAAGGGUCUUCGGGGGGUUAUGUUUCUAGUCGGAGAAGUUUUAUUUAUCACUAGACCUCUUAUUUAUGUUCUAUGUGUUCGGAAGUAUGGUAUUCGAUCAUGGACCCCUUGGUUCAUGUCAUUAGCUAUUGACUGCAUAGGGACGAUUAUCCUUUCACUAGUCACUACAUCCGUGGUUGGAGGGAAGGACCAUGCGUUUCAUCUUUCAGCCUCUGAGAAGGAUGAGGCUAGAAGACGUAAGCUGUUGUUUGCUCUUUACCUGAUGAGAGAUCCAUUCUUCAGCAAGUAUACCAGGCGAAAACUGGAGAGCACUGAGAAAAUCCUGGAACCAAUACCCAUUAUCGGAUUUCUUACAGAAAAAGUCGUUGAACUUAUGAUUGGAGCUCAAACACGACACACUUACACAUCAGGGUCAUGAAGUUGUGGCCAAAAGUUAAAGUUCCUAUCUUCGAAGGUUCAGAUGUCUAUUCCAGACUCCUUGUUCCAAACUUAUACGGAGGAGAUGUAUUGAUUUCAUAUAUUGAAUAUCAAUAAACCGAAAGUUUCAGCUCCUCCACCACCCCCCCUUUUUUUGAGCUCAGCAGACCCGGACAUGGAAGUCGUGAAUCAGGUGUGGGAUUUUUUUUUUUGGGUCAAUGGAUGUCUCUUGAGAGCUAUUGUUCCUAGCCACUACAUCUGUGGUUGGAGGUAGAAUUACACAUGUAGUUCUGACUUCUGAGUGUCAUGUUGUGAUUCUUUAGCUCAAAAUACUGUAUCUCAGAAAAUACGAAUGCUAUAGAAUAGGAAGGAAUCUUAAUGCUUUAAAAGUGAUUUGUGGCUACACCUUUCACAUUUUUA